CAGCAGCGACGUGCGGUUUCCUGACUUUUCUUGUGUUUGCUUUUUGGCUUUCUCUCCUCCCUCAAUGCUUUCCCAGCGGCUAGUUAAUGCUUAAUCUUAAUUCCUAAUUUCUAAUCCCCUGUCGCCGGUGGCACGACCGUCCUUGAACGCCACUUGCCCUUUCAGCAAGCAGGCUGUGCCCUCAUUUUGUCUCGGAUCGGCUUUGCGACUGCAGCAUCACCUGCAGAUACUAUCAUCCCACGGACCUUCAUCCCUUCCAUCCUGGCCGUACUUGCAGGCCCAGACCUUCAUAAGCGAAACCAGCUCGGCAUCCCUGGUUGCAGAUGGCCUGGGUCUGAGCGGUGGUUUCUGUCGUGUACUGGGCUUCAUUCAUCACUGACCCCGACCAGCAGGGCGUGAGUAUAACCAUGCUGGCCACCGCGUCCGCCGCGGACGACGCUGGCCACCAUCCUCGUCCCCGUUCUUCUGCGCUCCCUUUGUCGCCGUCACCGACCCUGUCGAAUCCCGAUAUGAUCCUGCCGUUCGAUCACAACAGUCGCGAGUCCUCGACCCCGUCCCCGCCGUUCAAUCUCCCCUCCUUGUCCAACCUCCAGACCUUUUACGAGAAGCACACCGCCCCCGAGGAAGUCGUGGACCACACCCCGGGUGUCGCAUCGACGGGCAUUGCCCUGUCGUAUGGCACUCGACCCCCGAAAAAGGGCUAUUCACGUCAUACAUGGCUGCACGAGGGGGUGGAUGCGAGUCGUCGGUUGUCGGAUAUCGGGGAGGAGGAUCUCUCGCCGUCGCCAGCAUAUUUGGAGAAGGGAAGUUCGGGAAACUUACAGGUCAUAUCGCCGACGGGUCGGAUGGCUGGAUCGCCUGUUUCACAACACGAGACGGGUGCGGUGGAGGCUAGGGAAAUGGCGGCGUGGAGCAGCUCGUCUAGCUCGACAGUUAGUGGUGCUAGCGACUCGUCGCAGGAUGGCACUAAGGGCCGUCAGGAAGCUCGUGGUCUUCUGCAAAAUCCUCACCAGCUCACCGACGGUGUGCGCGCGGCGAUGGACAGCCUGAAUGGAAAUAAUGGUUCAACCCCGAGUUUGCUGGGGUCGGAGGAAGGCGGUCCCGGGGUGGAGCUGCCGUCCGCCGUGCUGAGCACCGAAGCCGAGAGGAUCCUGGAAAACGCGAAGAAGCGCCUGACGCUCAUGGAGGGCAACCUCUCUCGGGCUCGCACGUCAAUGCGCGCGUCUCCGUCGCUGUCGGCAUCACCAACGCCAUCCGUGGGUCAUCAACAACUGGGACUGGGUCAGCCAGUCGGGGGCCUGUAUCAAUCCAUAUCUCGGACCGAUCGUCGAGCGUCGACGCAUCGUACACGUGCAACGUAUGUCUCCUCUCAGGAUGCGAUAAACAACCGACACUCGCGGGUAUACAGCGAAAGCAAGCUGCCAUCCACUGCAUCGAGUCUUCCUGCCGUUGAAGACCUGUCCCGGUCUGUCAGCGCCUUAGGCUCAGUCACUUCCCCGAACCUUCAUCAUGAUGAGCGAAGCUUCCGCUACGACCCAGCCCGUGCGUAUCUCACCCACCGGGCGGCUGUAUCAGCGAUGCAAAGGACCCAGGCCUGCGCGUCGCCGCCGGAGUCGAACCAGCGAGCCCCGUCUGACUCACCUAAAGGACUAGGCAUCUCCACGGAAGAACCCGAAGAACCCGAAGACAAGGUAUACGAUGUGGAGGGAAGCAGCCGGGCCUAUCCCACGUACGAUCCUCCUUCCCGAUCGCAGUCGCAGCUGCAGGUGCGCGAUCUCCAAGAUCAAAUGAAGGGCCUACACAUCAAGAUAUCCAGUCUCAAGGUCAAAGCGCAGGAAGACAAUCUCCGUCGUCGUAGCAUGCAAAGCCUGCGGACGCCGAGUCCUCUUACAUCAGCGGACCAGUGGAAUCACAAGGCCGAACUGAAAGAGCGCCGAAGCAAUCCUAACGUGCAUGCCGGAUAUGGGCAGGCUGCUCAAGACAGCCGGUUUACCGGGGACUAUGGCAAUAGAUACGAGACCGAGACUGGCACUGGAAGAUAUGCAAUGCGAGAGCAGGCGAAGCCGUCGAAUGGCCAUGCGGCACCCCAGGCUUAUGAGCCCGAAGACGACGAUGACGCACAAUCGGUAGCUGGGACCCUCUAUGAGGAUGCCGAGGAGGGUGAUUACGAUGUGGAUGGCUCCUUUAACUCGGAUAUUGACCGCGAGACGUUGAAUGAAAUCUUGCGCGAGCCUCUGGAUGAUGAUUUUGAUGGUACGUUGGAGGCCUUUCCUGCGGCCCCGCAGAGCCUUGAAGAUACGCCACAUGAGGAGCGGGAGGACGCUUUUGACUAUGAGCAUUUCAUCCUGCAUAGCGCGCUGGGCAACUAUACGCAAUCUCGGAUGCGACGGGAGAGCAAUGUUUCCACCACGUCGGUAGAGACGACGCGACCAAUCGAUCACCGCCCACGACGCUCCCGGGCCAACAGUACAGCCUCGGUAUCCACCGUGGCGACGUUUGAAACGGCGAUUGAGGGGGACCGAGAUGAGGUUGAAAGUGUUCUCUACUGGGACCGAAAAUUCAAUGAUGAACUGCGCAACAACCAUGUACCCGAUGAGAACGGGGACGAGUCCAAUGGCAUGGACCAGGAAGCUGAAGGGACUCCCCGCGCGCUCCGCCGGCAGCCUAGUAGUCAACGGGACCAAGGCAAUCACUAUUCUGGGGCCGAAUUGAUGCCGCAGCGAUCCGACUCUGCAACCACGGGGUCCACCACCCCCACAUCUCUGGUAUCCUCGCUCGUAUCGACCGUUCGCGCCGCAGCCAGUCCUCACCCGAGCGCAGCGGCUAAAGGAAACAUGGGCCUGAACGACGACGACACCCGGCUGUUGGAGCGGUUGUUCCAGAGCCUCGGGGAUGUUUGCAUGGAUUUGCAGAAUAUCACGACGUCCGCGGACCCGGACCCCAAAGAGGUGCGACUGCUGCGGCGGCGACUGGAUGCGGCACGACGGGUGCUGGACGGGGAGCUGGACACCUAGAUGUAAAUAAUUAUGGGCCGACGCCUGGAGGCAGGUCGUGCUUUUGGCGUUUGUUGAUGAGGCAGCCUGGGCGCAAGCCUUGCUAUGAUACCCCAACGUUCGAUUUAGCCUUGCAUGCUUGUAUGUAUAUAGUUAUUACCGAACGAACAUG